AUGGAUGUGAGAGGAGAAUUAAAGGGGCGAUGUAGUUGUUCGUCGGCGGCGACCACCACGGGGAAGAGGAAAAACGAUCACAGACCUUACAAGGGAAUACGGAUGAGAAAGUGGGGAAAGUGGGUGGCGGAGAUUAGGGAACCAAAUAAACGGUCAAGAAUUUGGCUCGGAUCCUAUUCCACACCCGUCGCGGCGGCAAGAGCCUACGACACCGCCGUCUACUACCUCCGUGGGCCCUCCGCCCGGCUCAACUUCCCGGAGUUACUUGCGUCCGAUGGCACACCAGAUGAGUUGUCGGCGUCUUCUAUUCGGAAGAAAGCGACGGAGGUCGGGGCAAGGGUGGAUGCAGAAACGAGUGGUACUUCCGUGCAACAUGCACUCAAGCCUUGUUGGUUUGAAGAGAAACCCGACUUGAAUAAGAAACCCGAACCCGAACCCGAAUCCGAAUCCGAAUACCCAGAUGGUGAUGAUAACUGA